AUUCCAUGGGCCUGUUAGCACCAGUGUUCACAAUUGAUUCCAGUGGUGUUUGCUCUUCUGCAGCCAUUUCAAAUCUUCCUUUCCAAAAUAAACAACCAUCUCCAAGAAGGUGCCCAUAGUGGACCACUCAAUUCACUUGUUGAAUGUUUUCCCUCUGAUGACAGUGUUUUCUUCCCCGUUUCUGUGGAGAUGUGUAGAGAACUGAUUGUCCCCUUUUUCUUCUCCAGGAAAUCCUUUCAACCCUCACCUUAAAAUCAACAAUGCUGUUUCAAACAUCAUCUGCUCCAUCACCUUUGGCAAUCGGUUUGAAUACCACGAUGAGGACUUCCAAAACUUGCUGCGGCUGAUGGACGAGACUGUUACCCUCCAAGGGAAGAUAAUGAGCCAGCUGUACACCUUUUUUCCCUCCAUAAUAAAAUACUUCCCUGGAUCCCACCAAACAUUUUUGAAAAAUGGGAAGCUCAUGAAAAGUUUUGUGUGCGAGAAGAUUAGCAAACAUAAGGAAGAUGUGAACUCCUCCGAGAGCCGGGACUUCAUCGACAGCUACCUGCAGGAGAUGGCCAAGCCCAAUGGCAGUGAUUUCUGCGAGGAUAACCUGGUGGCGUGCACUCUCGACCUGUUUUUUGCUGGGACUGAGACCACCUCCACAACCAUCCGCUGGGCCCUGCUGUUUAUGGCCGUAUAUCCGGAGGAAGCGCGCCUGCCUGGGUGAGCUGCUGGCCCGCGCCGAGCUCUUCCUCUUCUUCACGGCUCUGCUCCAGAAAUUCACCUUCCAGGCUCCCCCGGACACCAUCCUCGACCUCAAAUUCAAGCUGGGCAUGACAUUGGCCCCGCAGCCCUACAAGAUCUGUGCAGUGCCUCGGUAGGGAGCUGCAGCCACUGUUCUGGGAGGGAGAACUUCUCAGCUCUGGAGCAGAUCCACAAACUGAGCCCUCACUAUCUGCUAUGCGUCGUGGUAACGACCUUCUCAGAUGUUUUGUUUCUUUCAAAGCAAUUGCCAAGUCCCUUCUUUUUACAAGGCAGGUCGUGCACGCUCUAUCAGAUGAGAAAGGCAAGUACAGGAUGGGCCAGGGCACUUUCUGUUCUUGCAGCACUGUCAAUGAAUGAGGAGCUCAGGACUUAAUCUUAAUGCCAUGCUGGAUGGCCGUACUUCACAGCUGAGGAUCAGUACUGGCAGAGAGCAGUACCUGACCUGCUCUUACUACAUUAGUACAAGUAGCAAUUGGAAACUGUUUCUACUUUGAUCUUAGGAAAACGAUUUGUUAAAAGAAAAAUCAACCAAGACCUUGUGACAUCUCUCUCUCUUGAACUUCAAUAAAUCCUGACUGAAACAUC